CCAGUCCUCAGUGGGAAGUUCUCAGUUAUCUUCCGCUAGCGAGGAUCCAUUGGCAAAUCCAGACAUGCAUUGGAAGGAUGCUAAUGUAGAGGACACAGGGGCAUCAGAUCCAAGAACUGUGGCUUUUCACCAGGAACGACAACCUGGCAUUCAGAUGGGACGACUCUUGAGCUGAGAAGUUAACACGCAUACAGUCAUUGGUUGAUCAUGUUUGUGAGAAAUCGAAGGAAUUAUACCAGCCUUACAGGGAAAUAGCGGUAGAUGAGAGAAUGGUCGCCUCUAAGCAUAAGUUCUCGGGCAUUCGUCAGUUCAUUAAAGACAAACCUGUUCGCUUUGGAAUAAAGCUUUGGGUUGUAGCAUGUAAUAUGUCUGGCUAUACAUACAACUUUUUUGUCUAUCUUGGUAAAAAUAAUACUAUUUUUACAGAUAAAACAAAGGGUAUUGGAUUUAAUGUCACUAUUACAUUGUGUAAACCUCUUUUUGAUCAAGGAUAUAUGUUGUUUACUGAUUGUUGUUAUACAUCUAUAGCUCUUGGCAAAGAAUUACUUGCUAGGAAAAUUUACCUUAUUGGUGUACUGAAAUCUAAUAGCUUGUCUAUACCUGAUGAACUUAGAAAUGUGAAAAUGUGGGAAAGAGUAGUCACUAGAGGUGAUUUUAGAUGGCACAGAGUUGAUGAAUUUGUAUUUGUGCAAUGGAAAGAUUGUAAGGUAGUUACUUUUAUGUCGCCAUUACACCAUGGCUCAGUUCCAACUGUUUGUGAACGCACUAUGAAAUCUAGAUUAACUUGGAACAAAAAAGGACUUGCACAACCUGUAGUUGCUAAUGAUUACAAUAAAUGUAUGGGAGCUGUAGAUCUUUCAAACCAGUUUACAAGUAAAUAUCCGUCUUAUAUUAGAACACAGUAUCAUUGGUGGAAAGUUCUGUUUUUUCAUUUGCUUGAUAUCAUGGUUGUUAAUUCUUAUAUUAUUUUUGAAGAAUUUAGAAAAUUACAUGCCAAUCAGUUUACAAAUUGUUCUUCUGUAUAUGGACAACUUGAAUUCCGCGAAUCACUUGCCAUGUCACUGAUGGGUUUAAAUGAAAAGUGUGUAUCAAAAGAAAGUCCUAUUGCAUGUAUACCUGAAUUUUUAGAUAAAAGGAAAGACUGUACAUUUUGUAAUGCUGAGGCAAUUUUUAUGAAUGAGAAGUUUCCAAGUUAUAAGACAUCUGUAUUUUGUGUAUCAUGUCAAGUUCCUCUUUGUUUAUCAAAUGACAGAAAUUGCUUUAAAAAAUGGCACAGUAAAGAAGGGGAAGAUGUUAGAAAUUGUGCAAAUUUGUCAUGUAAAAAGAGAAAAUUAUGA